UUUCAUAUGGGUGUUCCCACCGCUCUCGUUUGUUCUCUACCCAUCUUGGCUAGUCCUGCUUCACUUUUUUGCUGGGUGCAUCUACGCUUACAGCACAGCAAUCGUCCUGUUCCCGGUGCUGCAGACCAGGUGGGAGUACCUGCAUGCAGGGAAUGCAUAGAAGUAGCUGAGAAUUCAAGGACAGACAAAUCAGCAUCUGAAAAACGCCAAUGGAAAACAAUCUAAGCUUUGGGGAGGGCAGUGACAUGUCAUAUGAAGACAAUGACUCAGCCUUCCCCUCUCCAUUGAGACUGACCCCUCCAGGCCACAGCGGCAUCUAUGACCUGGAGCAGAGGAGGCAGGAGGAGGAGGAGAAUGAGCCACCCAUGGAGACCAUCAUCAUCUCCACUGACUCAGAGGCCUAUCUGAACCUGAACACCAAUGCCAACACAAGAGGAGAUGCUCAGGCCUAUGUGGAGCUGAAUGAGCUCCAGGGCAACGUCUGGCAGGAGACCGGCCGCUGGGUGGGCUACGAGGAGAGCUUCAACCCCAGGACAGGAAAAUGGGGCCCCUCGCAUGUCUCCUACCUCACCUUCAAGAGCCUGAUCCAGCUCCGCAAGGCCAUGAGCACAGGUGCCGUCCUCCUUGACCUGAAUGUCAGCAGUCUGUCUGCUGUGGCUGAGAAAGUGGUUGAUGAGCUGCUGAGCAGGGAUGAGAUACGUGCCAGUGAUCGAGAUGUCCUGCUGAGGGCUCUCUUGAUGAAACGCAGUCAGACUGAGGAACCUGCAGUUACAGCCUCAGGAGACAUUGAGAUGCAGACCUUUUCUGUCACCAAGACGAGAGACCGCUCUGACAACAUGGAGGCCUCCAUUGUCCUCUCAGGUAUCGUGGACUCACUGCAGAAGCCAGUGGUGGCCUUCAUCAGGCUGAGUGAUUCUGUGGUCAUGGAGUCUGCCUUGGAGGUUUCUGUCCCUGUUCGCUUCGUCUUCAUCCUGGUGGGCCCCAGCCAGAGCGGAUUGGACUUCCAUGAGAGUGGCCGAGCCAUGGGCGCUCUGAUGGCUGACUGGGUGUUCAGUCUGGAGGCCUACUUGGCCCCGACUGCCAAGGAGCUGACCAAUGCCGUCGCUGACUUCAUGGACUGCAGCGUUGUCAUCCCCCCAACUGAGAUCCAAGACGAAGCUCUGCUAUCAUCGAUCGUCGGCUUCCAGAAGCAGAUGCUGCGUGACAGACUCCGCCCUUGUGACUCCCGUCUCGCCUUUGGUGACAGGGUCAAAUAUGACACAGGCCCAGAGGAGCCUAGAGAGGACCCUCUGGCCCGCACAGGUAUUCCUUUUGGUGGGAUGGUGAAAGACUUGAAGCGCCGUUACCGCCACUACAUCAGUGACUACACAGAUGCCCUGAACCCUCAGGUUCUGGCUGCUGUCAUCUUCAUCUAUUUCGCUGCCCUGUCCCCGGCCAUCACUUUCGGAGGGCUUUUGUCUGACAAAACAGAGAGGAUGAUGGGCGUGUCAGAGCUGAUGGUCUCCACCAGCAUCCAGGGUGUCAUCUUCUGUCUCAUUGCCGCCCAGCCUGUUCUCGUCAUUGGCUUCUCAGGUCCACUGCUGGUGUUUGAGGAAGCAUUUUUUGCAUUCUGCAAGUCCCAAGGCAUUGAAUACAUUGUGGGCCGUAUCUGGGUGGGAAUGUGGCUGAUACUGAUCGUGUUCAUCAUCGUGGCUGUGGAAGGCAGCUUCCUGGUCCGAUUCAUCUCCCGCUUCACUCAAGAAAUCUUCUCCAUCCUCAUUUCUCUCAUCUUCAUCUAUGAGACCUUCAACAAGCUCAUUAAGAUUUUCAAAACCCACCCUCUGGUUUUGAAUUAUGACCACCUGAACGACUCGCUGGACAAUCCCUUUCACCCACUCAUCAAGAUCCACGAAGAGGUCCAUCCAGAUGGCAACGUGACCGUUCAUGAACUUGAGAUCGAGAGAGCCUACCCCAACACUGCUUUGCUGUCCAUGUGCCUUAUGUUUGGUUGUUUCUUCAUCGCAUACUUCCUGCGUCAGUUCAAGAACGGACAUUUUCUCCCUGGCCCGAUCCGUCGCUUGAUUGGAGACUUCGGUGUCCCCAUUGCUAUUUUCUUCAUGAUUGCUGUGGAUAUCAGCAUUGAGGAUGCCUACACUCAGAAACUGGUUGUGCCAAAAGGUGUUGAGGUGACCAACCCCAAAGUCAGAGGCUGGUUCAUCAACCCCUUGGGGGAAAAGAAGCCCUUCCCAAUCUGGAUGAUGGGCGCAUGCUGCGUACCUGCACUGUUGGUCUUCAUCCUCAUCUUCCUUGAGUCCCAGAUUACCACGCUGAUUGUGAGCAAACCUGAGAGGAAGAUGGUGAAGGGAUCCGGGUUUCAUUUUGAUCUGCUUCUCCUGGUCACCAUGGGAGGUAUUUCCUCUAUUUUUGGGGUGCCUUGGCUUAGUGCAGCCACAGUCCGAUCCGUCACCCAUGCCAACGCCCUCACCGUCAUGUCCAAGGGCCCAAAACCAGAGAUUGAGAAGGUGAUUGAGCAGAGAAUUAGUGGCAUCCUUGUGGCCAUAAUGGUUGGUGUGUCUAUUUACAUGGAGCCUAUUCUGAAGAUGAUUCCUAUGACUGCCCUGUUUGGUAUCUUCCUUUAUAUGGGUAUCACAUCUCUCAGUGGAAUUCAGAUGUGGGACAGGAUGCUUCUGUUGAUUACACCAAAGAAAUACCAUCCCUCGGACGCCUAUGCCACUAGGGUGAAGACAUGGAGGAUGCACCUAUUCACUCUGGUCCAGCUGGUGUGUCUGGCCAUUCUGUGGGUUGUGAAGAUAAGCCCCUUCUCCCUGGCGCUGCCUUUUGUUCUCAUUCUCACCAUCCCUCUGCGCAUGUUCAUGACCGGCAGGGUUUUCUCAGUCUUGGAGAUGAAAUGUCUGGAUGCAGAUGAUGCCAAAGUGAAACUUGAGGAGGAACCAGGGGAUGAAGUCUAGGAGUCCCAAAUACCAUGAACAACACCAUACAAACCAUAACUUUCCACUGAACUCGAACUUUAUUUCCAGUAACUAGCUCAUUUUAAAAUUUUAUAUCAGAUGUCUUCAAAUGUAUGUUUUUGCAAAAAACCUCUUCAGUACAAAAAUUGUUUUGUCAUUCUUAUAUUUAAAGAAUACUUCCACUCAGUUUCAGAAUUCAUACAUUAUUAUUCCUGUGGGUUAAAACAGCUGAAUCAGUAUUUCUCAACAUGGAGUUAUUCCCUGCACAACCUAUAAUCUAGGAAAACGAUAAUAUAAUCCUAAAGCUUUUUCAUUGACAAUGAAUGGGAGGCUUUUUAUUCAUGAUUUCCCAUUUAUACUCUUCUCAUGUGAUGUCACAGCUUUGGGUGAUGUAAAAUGAUUCCCUCUUAUUUCCAACAAUAGGGAUGAAUAAUAAAUGUUCACAAAUAAAAACUCGGCUAUCUUGUGGCACAGGAACAAAAUAUGUGAUUUCUAGAAAUGAGUGGUGUUUCUCGUUGAAAUCUCAAGUCAGUAGUUGUGAUUUUUUUUUCUUUAAGUGCAUUAUGUGUAGCUUGAAAAUUACCAGUGCUGCCACGUUGUAGAGCUUAUAGUACAUGCACUAAAAAAAGCUAUGCAGAUUAGAUCUUUACUCCUUUUUUGAUGAAGACAUAAUGAAUUCUUAUGGGACUAUGACAUAACCCCCCCCCCCCCCCCCCCCCCCCCUUUGCCCUUAGUUUAUUAUUCUUAAAUGUUUUACAUAUUUAAUGUUUUCAUUUGAUUCCACAUUUGAUAGAUUGUGAUGUUGACUGAACAAAAAUGAGCAUUUACUUACUUUAAUGUUUGCUGUCCAGUCCACAUAUG